CCUGUCAGGUUGGUGGGAGGAGACAGUCGCUGUGCAGGAAUACUGGAGGUGAAACAUCAGGGAGACUGGAGACCAGUGGGUGACCGUUACUCUGACUGGACCAUGAAGGAAGCAGCUGUUGCCUGCAGAGAGUUAGAUUGUGGCUCUGCUGUGUCUGUAGAACAGAGAGAGGAGUCCUCAUCCAGAUCUAUGUGGAGUAUCGGGUCUGACUGUGUUCAGUCUGGAUCUGCUCUGAGGGAGUGUGCAACAUCCGAAACCUCUGACUCCAUCCUGCAUCUCACCUGUUCAGACUCUGUCAGGCUGGUGAAUGGGACUAGUCUGUGCUCAGGCAGACUGGAGGUGAAGUCCAACCAGUCUAGCCGGUGGUCCUCAGUCUGUGAAGCUGACUUUGACCAGCAGGAUGCAGAGGUGGUCUGUAGGGAGCUUGGCUGUGGGGCUCCUUCAGUCCUCCAGGGAGUGCUCUAUGGAGAAGUGGAGGAUCCAAUGUGGACCAAAGAGUUCCAGUGUGGAGGAACUGAGUCUGCUCUCCUGGACUGUAGAAGCUCAGGCUCAGAGAGAAACAGCUGCUCAGCUGGCAAAGCUGUUGGACUCACCUUAUGGAUCUACUCUGAGGGAGUGUGUAACACCACGUUUCUCUAA